CGUCACCCGUUAGUCAUAGGGAAAUGUCAUGGCGCCGUACAUGGUGAGGGAAUGUGCAGUGUGAGCUUUUACCUUCUGACCAAACGGGGUGCUUUGUCCCCUGAACUCCUUUUUGAGCCAUUUCUGUGUUCUUGGGAAGACCAAGUGCGGCAUUUUUAUUGAAGAGGGGAGCAAAGACGAGGAGCAAGACACUCGUUUCAGGGUGGACUUAGUGUAUAUCAACCAACAAGCAGUUGCGUUGGAGCGGUGAUGUCCUCAUCGUCCUCUAGACUCCGCCAGCCGCCCUGCAGGAAGAAGCACUACCCUAGUAGCACCUACCACACAGCCGUCUGACGGCGCGAGGUACAGAGCGCGCGAUAAGCAGCGGUGAACUUUGACGCGAGAAGGAGAAUCAGCGGAGUUCGAAUUUGAAGGAGACGGAAGCUUCUUGGGAAACGACAGCUAGCCCGGAUCGGUGGGAGAGGUAUCAUGUCAUCCACAGCAGACACGGCCGAUUCUGGGAGCGUGGCGGGGGCAGGGCAGGAGGCGGAGGGGGACAGCGAGCCACCCCAACCUCCCUCCCUACCCCAGUGUCAGGAGCCUGAGAGAAGAGAGGAUGAGGAGGUGAAGGUGGAGGAAGAGUCGCCCCCAGCUGCCAAACAGCCACGGCUUGAAGCAGUGGACGCGGCUUUGGCCUGUGAUUCACUGCAACCCAUUGAGCCUGGACAGGGGAACGAUGGUCACAGUGACCAUUCUCUACAGGUACAAGACACAGGUGAAGAGCAAGCUUCGGUACAGACCUGUGAGCUGGGAGAGGGAGUGGGAGAGGAAGAGGAAGAGCGAGUUGGAGAGGAAGAGUGGCCACAGAAUGGACAGCAGACUCCCACAAUGAUGGAGGGAAGAGAGGAGGAGGAGGAGGAGAAGGAAGAUGGAAUCCAGGGUUCAGAUUUGAGCCCACAGGAAGGCCACAACCUGGGCCUCGAUUUGAGCCGAACCCCCCAGAUGCUGACCGGUGCCUGGGCUGAAUACUCUGGCUCUCCAGAGAACUACCUCAGGGGCUGCAAGUGGGCUCCCGAUGGCUCCUGCAUCCUGUCUAACAGCGCUGACAACGUGCUCCGUGUUUACAACCUCCCUGCGGAGCUCUACAGCCAGGACUGGGACCUGCUCGCUGAGAUGAGCCCAGUGCUGAGAAUGGCGGAAGGGGACACCAUAUAUGACUACUGCUGGUACCCCAAGAUGAGCUCGCUGGACCCCGAUACCUGUUUCAUUGCCAGCAGCAGCCGUGAUAACCCAGUGCACAUUUGGGACGCCUUCUACGGCGACCUUCGAGCGACCUUUCGACCCUAUAACCAUCUGGACGAGCUGACUGCGGCCCACUCUCUGUGCUUCUCUCCGGACGGCUCCCAGCUGUACUGUGGCUUUGAUAAGAUGGUGCGGGUCUUCUACACAGACCGCCCGGGGAGAGACUGCGAGGAGAGGCCCACCACGGUGAAGAAGCAGGGACAGACGGGCAUUAUCUCCUGCGUGGCGUUCAGCCCCGCCCAGUCCCUGUACGCCUGCGGGUCCUACUCGCGCUCGGUGGGGCUCUACUCCUGCCAGGACGGCACCCUGCUGGCCCUGCUGCCGCCCCGCCACCGGGGGGGGCUCACGCACCUCUGCUUCUCCCCGGACGGGAACCGCCUCUACACCGGGGGGCGCAAGGAUCCGGAGAUCCUGUGCUGGGACCUGCGGGAUCCGGGUCGUAUUCUGUUCUCCCUGAACAGGAGCGUCGUCACCAACCAGAGGAUCUACUUUGAGCUGGACCCGACGGGACGGUACCUGCUCAGUGGGAACACAGAGGGGGUGGUGUCAGUUUGGGACACCUCUGCUGUCCCUAGUGGCUGUGAAGCAGUACUGCAGCCACAGCUUCAGUUCCAGGCCCACGCGGACUGCACCAAUGGCAUCAGUCUCCACCCCUACAUGCCCUUGUUGGCGUCCUCCAGCGGGCAGCGCCAGUUCUGCGGGCCCGGCGACAGCGGGGGCGACUCGGACUCCGACUCAGACAGCGACGCCGUGAUGUCGCCACGGCAAGGUCGUCACGACAACGCCCUCGCGAUCUGGUGGGCGGGGCCUUUCGGCUCAGCCAAUCAGGGGGGCCAGGACGAGCAGCUGGCAGUAUCGGCGGACUAACCGAUCUUGACAUCCAACUUUGUCGUCCCCACCCCCCCUCUCCCUCCACUCUUGUCUGGACUGAACGACAUAUCCUACUCCACUGCCAAACCGACAAGUGUUCUGGAAAGUUUGCAGUGUGUCGGGACGAUAUCGUGGGGCGUGCCAGCUCCUGGCUGCACAAACCCAACUCGUGGCUGGCUGGGAUUUUUGUUUUAUUUUUAUUUUAUGGGGGCGGGGGAGUGAAUGGCUUUCUGGACGAGGCCAACACCAGUCUCGCCAAAAAUGCUCAGGUCCAGAGACGAAGCAGAAUUCGGUUCUGGAAUGUGUGUUUUCAGUGAGGUUUUUUUUUUUCUUUUCCUGUAAGUGCUUACAUCUGUUCAUGGAACUGUUCAGACCUCAACACCCCAAAACCGACAACUUUCAAGAUGAGUGCCAUUCAAAAAUUGGGUCAUUUGUUUGUGAAAAUUAAAUGAUGCUGAUUUUUUUUUUUUACUAUUCUGUGUGCCAGCAUUGUGUUGUAUGCCGUGAUAAAUGUAUAUUUUUGUAAGUCCGUGAUAAAGGUUUUUGAACACGCUC